AUGCCCUCGCCUACUUCCUAUAACUCUGUCUUAGAACAGGCUAUUAUUAGCAAGAAUCGUGAUUUCUUAUUCAAAUUUCUAGAUAUGUCCGAGUCCAGACAAAAAACUAUGAUAUCCGGUUUGAGUGGUGAAUUAGUGGUGCCCCUGCUAAAUGUACUCGUUGAGCUCUUUGAAAACAAAGAAAUGAGAUACGAAAGUAUCACUAUGAUAAAAAGAGUACUGAUGUGGCGUAGUAAUGAUUUCAAAAGCCUUCAUAUUAAAGUAAGAGACAGCAGCACUAAUCAUUGUGAUUAUGAAGAGAAGAAAGAAGCCUUAAAGCAAGUCCUGGCUGCUAUCAGUAAAGAAAAGAUAGAUCUAAACAAAGUAUAUGAACUGAAAGGCCGGAUGGAGUAUAUUAAGGAGAAGAUUGAUGCCCGAGUUAUGGAGAAGGAGAAUCUGCCCAUCUGCCAAGAGGAGUGA